UCUUGUAACACAGAGGAAUACAGUGAAGAUUAUUGUUUGUUAACCGCUUCCACGGCGACAGGUGCGCUACGAGGCGCAUACGGAUGUUGCCGUUAAAUACACCCGCCUGAAGUCCGGUAAUGUUAGGAACCAACGAAAUAGUCUCAAUUCGCAGCGCUAUGGAGGUGUUUAAAUGUCGACUCUGUACACGUAGAUAUCAUUAGCAACACUUCUGCUUUACAUGAAUGCAAGUAAGGAGGAACCACCUUUGGAUAUUGAGCCUGCCCAAGUCACCAUGGAACAUGAAGAGUUGAUAGUUCCAGUAAUAUAUCCAGAACCAAAGAGUGAAGAAUCUGAAGAAUCACUGGAUUUACCAGUGGAUGGAGUUGGAGCAGUACCUGAAGAGGAGGUAUUAAGCAAGGACAGUCAACAUGAUUUCACCAAGUGUCAGCUGAAGUCAUUCCCAUGUGCAUAUGAACUUGGAAGUGAAACCAGAAAAAAAUCCAGAUGUCACAUUUGUGGGAAAAAGUUUUCACAGAGUGGUAACUUGAAACGUCAUUUUCUCACUCACACAGGGAAGAAAUCUUUUAAAUGUGACAGGUGUGGCAAGUUAUUUUUACGUAGUGGACACUUAAAAGAUCACAUUCUUACACACACCGGUAUAAGAGGUUUUAAAUGUGAUAUUUGUGGAAGAGCUUUCUUGAAGAAUGAACACCUGAAAUUUCACAUGUAUACACAUACUGGAGAAAAGCCUUUUAAGUGUGAUGUAUGUUUGAAAGAUUUUUCACGAAGAGGACAUCUAAAGGUUCAUCUUCUUACACAUACAGGAGAAAAUGAAUUUAAAUGUGACAUUUGUGCAAAUGCUUUCUCACAGAAAGGUCACCUGAAGCGUCAUAUGCUCACACAUACAGGCGAAAAGGAUUUUAAAUGUGACAUUUGUGCGAAGAAAUUUUCCCAGAGCGGACAGCUGAAGCGACAUAAUCUUACACAUACUGGAGAGAAUCAUUUCAAAUGUGACAUUUGUGGGGUAGCAUUUAUAGCAAGUGGAAACCUCAAACGUCACAUUCUUACACAUACGGGAGAAAGACAUUUCAAAUGUGUUAUUUGUGGCAAAGAAUUUUCACAGAGCGGACAUUUGAAACGUCACAACCUAAUACACACUGGAGAAUAUAAUUUCAAAUGUGACAUUUGUGGAAAAAGAUUUUCUCAGAGUGGAAACCUGGAGUAUCACAUUCGUACACAUACAGGGGACAAACCUUUUAGAUGCAACGUGUGUGGGAAAGGUUUUCCUGUCAAGAACAAACUGAAGCAUCACAUGGUUAUACACAUAGGAGAAGAGCAAUAUAAGUGUAACAUGUAGUGUGUUUUUGGUUAGUAUAAACGAGACUUUUCACAUUCUGUAAUAUUUACCUAGAAGCUGAGUCUUGUUCAUAUGCCUUUGAAUAUCAGAAUUAAAUCAUGAUUUCCACAUGAAUUUAAGUUUUGUGUUCUCAUAGCAGUGACUUUAGUUUGUGGCCUUGUGGGUGAGCAGAUACCAAUAUUUUGGAGGACCAAGCAGCAGCAGCAGCAGCAUGCAUCUUCAGGGUUGAAGUGUAUCCCAUUCCAAUUGGCUUGGAUUUGGUUCCAUUCUUUAACCCCUCAGCAUUUGAAUUGAUGACUUAAGUAAGCGUAGACUUGAAAGGAUUCUGACGAUGGUGUAUACUGUACUUCUUUUGGCUUAUUUUGGACUUCACCCAUC